UCACAUGACCAGUCAGCUGGUCUGCGCACAUCCGCCUGACCCGCUGCUGUUUACAAAUCAGCAGACACUCCGACAGCAGAAUGAGGAUUCCUGCAUGAUUUGAACAGAACCUACUUUUUCUUCUGACUGAGGAGAAUCACGAGGCUGUGGCAGUCCAGCUGGGUCGCGGUCAUGCAGCACCCCAAUUUUGAGACCCCUCACCCACUCCAGACUGACGAGCAGCAGGAGACGGGGUUUGACCCACUCAACAAUUUUAACAAGAAUCGCAGCAGAGGCUCUCUUGACGACGGCGCUCACUCACUGUCUCAGUCCACCUUCCUCUCAUACAGGAAAGAAUGGGACGACUUGUUCCUCAACAGUAAUUACCUGGCCAGGAUCCGGCAGGCAGGCAUCAACGGUCGACUGAGGAGCAGCCGCUUUCGGAGCGUGUGCUGGAAGUUGUACCUGGAGGCUCUUCCUGAAGAUAAGGGGCAGUGGAUCAACAAGACUAAGGAGCUGCGGGCCCAGUAUGAGAAGAUCAAGGAGACGCACAUCACAAACCCCCGCAAAGCUGCAGGCCAGCAGGACUUGGUGGUCAACAACCCACUGUCCCAGGAUGAGGGGAGCCUGUGGAACAAGUUCUUCCAGGACAAAGAGCUGAAGGGGAUGAUCAAGCAGGACGUGUUGAGGACAUUCCCGGAGAUCCGUUACUUCCAGGACGAGGACGUGAGGACCAAGCUGACGGAUAUUCUCUUCUGUUACGCCAGAGAGAAUGAACAGUUACUGUAUAAGCAGGGGAUGCAUGAGCUGCUGGCUCCCAUAGUGUUUGUGCUGCACUGUGACCAUCAAGCCUUCCAGCAUGCCAGUGAGACGGCCAGUCCCAGCGAGGAGAUGAAGUGUCUGCUGAACCCAGAGUACCUUGAACAUGAUGCCUAUGCCAUGUUCUCACAGCUGAUGGAGACGGCGGAGCCAUGGUUCUCCAGCUUUGAGAGGGAAGUGAGGAAGGGUAAGGAAGAAAUGCUGACCAGCAUCCCAUUUGCUCGGCCUCAGGAUUCAGGGCCGUCUGUUGCCAUAGUGACCAAAGUCAACCGCAUCCAAGACCAGCUUGUGAAGAAGCAUGACAUAGAGCUGCACAUGCACCUCAACCGGCUGGAGAUCGCCCCGCAGAUCUACGGCAUCCGGUGGGUCCGUCUGCUGUUUGGCCGCGAGUUCCCUCUUCAGGACCUGCUGGUGGUGUGGGAUGCCCUGUUUGCUGACAGCAUCACUCUGGACCUGGUGGACUACAUCUUCGUGGCCAUGCUGCUCUACAUCCGAGACGCCCUCAUCGCUAGUAACUUCCAGACCUGCUUGGGCCUGCUAAUGCACUACCCUCCAAUAGGAGACAUCAGCGCUCUGCUGCAAAAGGCUCUGUUCCUCCGAGAUCCCAAAAACAAUCCACGCCCUGUGAACUACCAAUUUCAGCAGAACCUGGAUUACUACAAAACACGGGGAGCUGACCUGAUGAACAAGACCCGGUCCAGUUCCAGUGCAAAAGCUGCUCCCCUCAACAUCAACAAAGUCUCCAGCAGCCUGCUGAACUUUGGCAGGAAGCUGAUUGCUCCAGCCAUGUCGGGUGCAUCCAGCGGCGUUUCGCCAAUCAACAGCGAGGUGCACUCCUCCUCUUCUUCCUCCUCGUCCACCUCCCCUGCCUCGGCGCCUGCACCCAUCCUGCCACACCCACUGGCCGAGCCACCCGCCCCAGCGCAGACCGAGACCCAAACCCAGAUCCAGGUCCAGGCCCAGAAUCAGCACUACCGCCUGCUCAAGUCGGAAAGCAUGCCAGUCCACCUCAGCAAAGAUGGAGUUUCUGGUGGAGUGUCUCAGGUCUCUCACCCAGCCCAGACUCACACUGACACACAAGGGCAAAGCUCCAGGACAGUCAGCUCCUCCCCCAGCAUAGAAAGUCUCUCUGGUGGGCGGGGCCAAUCCACCGCCUCCCCGCCUCUUCCCCUGUCCAGAGGGAGCGAUGUCAGCACUUCCUCUCCGCCGCUCUCCGCCACCAAGAAGGAGUCUUUCUUCAACAUCACUCGCUCUCGAUCCCACAGUAAGACCAUGGGCAAGAAAGAGACGGAGGAGGAUCUGGAAGCGCAGGUAUCUUUCCUGCAGGGCCAGAUCAACGACCUGGAGGCCAUGAGCAAAUACUGCGCCAAGAUGAUGAAUACACACAUCUGUAAAAUCCAAGAAGUGAUUCUCCAAGAACACCUGGAAAAAGAGGAUGAAGUCUUGGUGUCACUGGCUGGACUCAAACAGAUAAAAGACAUCCUUAAGGGGGCGCUGCGCUUCAAUCAGAGCCAGCUGGAGGCCGAGGAGAAUGAAGAAAUCACCAUCGCUGAUGAUCACUACACCUCCACAGCAGCUGCUGAAACUGAUCUAAACACCAACAGUCACCAUAGUGACCACCCACAGCGAGGAAACAGCCGGCCGAGCCGAGACUGUGAUCUGGACGGGAGCGUGAGCAUGGACGAGAAAGAGGAAGAGGAGCAGGCGAGGACUCCACCUGAGCAACAGGUGGCAUCUUCUCUGGGCUCGGAGGGUAAGAACUGGGACGACUACAUCCUCGUGUCGCAGGACGGAGACCUACAGGCUGAGGGAGGAGGAGGAGGAGGAAGGGCUGCUUCUGAUCGCACUCCUCCAAUCAGACGAGGGCGCGGCAUGGUGCGUCUGGAGCCCGAAGGCGCCGUCGGGACUUUCCACGACCCCCUGAUGGCCGGCAUCACCUCGGGCUCCUCCAGCCCAGACGAGGGCUCCACCCACAGCAAAGACUCUGACUUUACCAUAGUUAACCCGAACGACCUGUGAAUGAGCGAAUCGCCCCUCCUCUCCUUCUCUCGUACCCGUGCUGUUUCAUAUCCCUUUCAGGGGGUCUGAUAAAACAAAAACUGACUUGGAGCCAGAGAGGGGAACCGGCAGUUUUGGGCGGAGAGUCGCCAAAGCUGUUCUCAACUUAAAAAUUGCACAUGUGGACUGUGACACUCGGAGUCACAAAUACCUAAUAUUCUGUCUCUUUAACUGUCAUCUGUGCCACUUGAGUCCUGUCUGAGCUGAUGCUGUAUGCUGUCUCAUCUACCCAAUGCCUGUCUCCUCAGUGGGCCUUUCGUGGCUCCCAUCCAACCUCACACCUGUCGCUCAAGAUGUUUUAUUGUAGUUCCCUGCUCUACAGAGAGAGGGUGCCAUUGAACUGCUUACCCCAUCACUACAUGAUUACUCUAAAAAGUUGGACCUCAAACUGCAAUUUACCUUCAGGGGAGGACUCUCUCCUUUUACUGUAAUGAUUGGGAGUGUGAUGCUUUCUUCUGAAUGUGGAGAUCCGGCCAUACCCCUGCCUACGUUAUGUCUGUGUGUCUGUCUGCGUCCUUACAGAGGAAGCUCUCUUCUCUGAUACUCAAAGGAAAGAAGGAUGGUGUCCUCGUGUGUUGUCGAGGGCAGCUUUCUGCCCCUCCUAAACCAGUGCCUCAGACCAUAAUUCUUCUCUUAGCCAAACAAAACCUAACUCUGUGAUCUUACUCUUUUUUUGUUCUUAGUUUUUUUUUUUCAGUUUUAAAGAAAAUAUUUUUAACACUUUAGACUUUUAAUUUCCCAGAUAAAAAGUUAUUAAAUUAUCAAAGAAGUCUUUUUUUUCUUUAGUUUUUUUUUAAAAAAUCGAUUCCAAUGUGGACAUUUUAAUGUGACAGUUUUUGUUUCUCACAUUACAAGACCGUUGUUCUCGUGUUCUGUGAAAAUGAUGUAAAGCAGCACACAAAGAAUGUCCCUCUAGCUGCCCAUUCAGCAUAAUUAACCUUAGACCAAUAAAACUACAUUGCUCUUGCUACACAA